AAUUUCCAUAUGACAAUUAUUCAAAUUCAGCCUUUCAGUUUCCAGCAUCUCAAUCAAUUGUUGCUAAAACAACAAAUGUUUCUCGGCCGGAUUUUGUUCAAGCUCCAGCAGAGAAAGGGUUGACUGGAUUUGCCACUGAUUUUCUUAUGGGGGGAGUCUCAGCUGCUGUUUCCAAAACUGCAGCUGCUCCAAUCGAGCGUGUCAAGCUUUUAAUCCAAAACCAAGAUGAGAUGCUCAAAGCUGGCCGUCUUUCUAAACCAUACAAGGGUAUUGGAAAUUGUUUCUCUAGAACUAUUAAAGACGAAGGCGUUUUGUCUUUGUGGAGAGGAAAUACUGCUAAUGUAAUUCGUUACUUCCCGACCCAGGCGCUUAACUUUGCAUUCAAGGACUAUUUCAAGAAUCUGUUCAACUUUAAGAAAGACCGUGAUGGCUACUGGAAGUGGUUUGCAGGAAACCUUGGCUCUGGUGGUGCUGCUGGUGCCACCUCCCUACUAUUUGUAUACUCUUUGGAUUAUGCCAGAACUCGCUUAGCAAACGAUGCCAAGGCUACAAAGAAGGGAGGAGAAAGACAAUUUAAUGGCUUAAUUGAUGUCUACAAGAAGACGUUGGCUACAGAUGGUGUUGCUGGGCUCUACCGCGGGUUCAGCAUUUCAUGUGUUGGUAUCAUUGUGUACCGUGGUCUUUACUUUGGCUUGUAUGACUCUUUGAAGCCGGUCCUUCUCACUGGUUCAUUGCAGGAUAAUUUUGUUGCUAGCUUUGGGCUUGGUUGGCUGAUAACAAAUGGUGCUGGUCUUGCCUCAUACCCCAUUGACACCGUGCGUAGAAGAAUGAUGAUGACGUCUGGUGAAGCAGUCAAGUACAGGAGCUCUUUCGAUGCAUUCAGUCAAAUCCUGAAGAAAGAGGGUGCUCGUUCAUUGUUCAAGGGUGCUGGUGCAAAUAUCUUACGUGGUGUAGCCAGUGCUGGUACUCUUGCAGUUUAUGACAAGCUUCAGGUCAUUGUCUUUGGAAAGAAGUAUGGUUCUGGUAGAGCUUAAUUUAUUUUAAGCUAUAUUUUUAGCUCAUAAGAUGGUGAUGAAAUAUUUUCGAAUACUUGAUAUUUAGGAGGGGAUUGGAAUGUAGCUCUGAAAUGUAAUUUGUAGCUAUUAAAAUUUUGAAGAAACUGGUGAAACU